AUGGCAGCCGCCUUCAACCACCGCCCUCCCGCCCCAGCCAUGGGCGAGUCGUACAUCGCGUUGAGAGGCGCGGACGGAGUUACCAGAUGCGUAGGAAUCGACCACUCGACGGGCAGGGAAUUCUACGGCAGUUCCCAUGGAGCGACUCACGACCUGGACUAUACAUUUGUUUAUGACGAAGUCGAAGACGAUCGUGUGAUUGGGGCAGACUCGGUGACGGUCAAAAGUCCUCUGUCUUCUGGUGCAACUGGACAGAACGAUUCUUCGUCGCCUCGCUUGUCCGAACCGUUGACCCUGCAAGAAUUUCUCGAUAUUCGACGGGACCUGGCCCACCGCCUGUCGAUAGCCAUGCCGCCCGUCGAGCCCAUUCAAGUCGAAGCUUCCGCCCCGGUCCUCCACGUAUUCGACGCACAAAAGGCGGACGACAUCUAUAUCAGUUACCUGGGCUUCAAGGUUCACUGGUGGCGGUUCAACCGCAGCGGACUGGUGUACAAGAAAAUUUCGCUAGGCGGGCUUGUGCUGUAUCUGAGCGAGGUCUCCCGCGACUAUACCGUCGAAGUAGGAGUUCGCAUGCGCAAGGCGCAGCUCCAGGCGUAUUGUAGCGACCUGGAAGCCAGAGGAUUCGAGUCCAUGAGUCCCCAGGUCGAGGAGGGACCGACGCCUGGCAGUAUGCGAAUGGCCGUCGACGAUUCGUUUGGCAACCGAAUCACGUUUUGGGCGGACAAGGAGUAG